AUGCUGCUGAAAACUCUUCGACAGCCCACGACCGGUUUCGCCCUUCUUGGGGCUCAUCAGGAUUUGAUAGAACUGUCCGAGCUGAGACGUUUGGCUAAAGGGCAUCCAAUAUUGUUCGUUGUGGUCCCAGCGAGGGACUCUUGUGGCGAGGAAGUCUUCACAAACUGGUGCACCAUUGCGGAUUCGAAAGCAAGUGAAGACAAAGCUACCUUUCCCUGGGAGUCAAUAAACAUCAAAUAUGUUGGACAGCUUUUGGCCGACCAUUCGGAAGAGUUGUUUCGGUCGGUCUAUCAACGCGGCCAUCAAUCAGAUUCCUCUGACACGCGAGACGCAGAAAGUCAGCUGAUGGAAAACAGAACUGAUUCAGCUUGGACCCAAGAUCACCCAAAUCUUCCAUCCAUCUUGACAAAGCUCGGAUUUCUUCCAAGGCCCAGUGGAACAGAAGUGGGGGAAUCUGAGGGACGUAGGCCAGCCUCGCCCGACAGCGGCAAUUCUUCCCUAGCCGGUUCGUUCGCAAAGCAAACAGAUGGGACACUACUCCAAGAAAUUCCCUCGGCAAAUUCUUGCCGUUGUUCAUCACUAAACGAGGUUUCCGGGAGAGUGGAAAACGAUUACAAGCUAGUACGCGGCUGUGUUAGUAUCUGUUUUCGUUUUUUGGCCAGACUAUCUCCCAUGAAUUCUGAACUGGUCUAUCAUUUCAAAAGAGAGUUUCACACUCAAUUGUCUGCAUUUGUGAGACAAAGGCUACGUCAUCAAGUGUUCUGGGCUCUUGCAUCCAUCGAGGCGGCCGCCUUGGAAUGCCUCAAAGGAUUUGUACUUCAGGCUCAUGAUCUGUCAAAUGACUUGCUGGUCACUCCGAACCUUUUGGAAUUCGCCAAAACUCAGGAAGCAAGACUUCAUGAAAAGCUAACACAGACAGCGAAACAACGCCAACCGGAGAUCUUGAAGAUGAUCAGUGAUACUUUGAAGGAGAUGCGUGAUAUCGUGCCACAGAUGGCGGCGCGGGAUUUGAAUUUCCUCCCGUUUGGUGCACCGGAAAUUUCGAAUGAUAUUUCGAAUACCGGUUCACCCCUGACUUCACAACAUAGGUGCAAGCCGAUAGGCCCCUGUCCGAUAGUUGUUCCUUCACAGGAUGUCAUGGGACAAAACGGGACCUCCAAAAUAUAUUCCACAUCCUCCUGUCAUUCGUCCAUGAGUUCUCAUCCAGUGCAAGUCGCGGUCGACCAUACUUUGAAGGAGAUGCGUGAUAUCGUGCCACAGAUGGCGGCGCGGGAUUUGAAUUUCCUCCCGUUUGGUGCACCGGGAAUUUCGAAUGCCGGUUCACCCCUGACUUCACAACAUAGGUGCAAGACGAUAGGCCCCUGUCCGAUAGUUGUUCCUUCACAGGAUGUCAUGGGACAAAACGGGACCUCCAAAAUAUAUUCCACAUCCUCCUGUCAUUCGUCCAUGAGUUCUCAUCCAGUGCAAGGAACCCUUGAACGAACAAUCGAGAAAUUGGAGCACUUGAGUGACAAGGAACUCUAUUCAAGACGUGUAAUGUCAUGUCGCUUCCCAGAGCAUCUGACAGACGAUGACACAUCUGGGGAAUUGGUUCACCACGCAACAGAUAACUGCGGUAAUCAAGAGGGCGGGUCAGAGUGGAGCAAAAACUUUCGCAUCACUGUGUCGAACGAGCAUCUUCACUGCCCGCGGUCAAUCAACUCUACUAUGGAUGAAUUCAGAGGACUCGAACGGUCUCCUGAAGCAGGCGAACACUGCGCUGGCUUGGCUUUGAGGGCGCUGCUGACGUUCGCCUACGAGUUGACAGUUCCACUUAAGCAAACAACGAAAGCACAACUUUCUGGGCUGUUUGACAAAUUGAAGAGCACUGAUGAGACUCACCAAUCAAUGUUCUUUGGAACUGUUUAUCAGGUUUUUGUAGCGCCACUUCCUUGGAGAGCACCAACUGUUUUGGACGCUACCUGGACAACCCGUACCGCACAAUCUAUCCUAACGGGACUUUGCGAGAAUACAAUAGCUCGGAAGCUGUCGGCACAAGUGACUGAAAAAUUGCGUCAGUCACACGAACAAUUCCUAACGACACUUCAUCGUCUCGAAGUUCGCACUGAAAUGCGAAAUUGCCGGUUCGAAGACGCGCAAGAAAACAUUAUAAGGCAACAUGCACCGAGGCUUGCCCGUACCGUGUUGGAGAUGUCGGCACUUAGACACUACCUGACGCACGGUCUACCCUCGUUGGGGAAAGAGCUAGGUCGUGGACAAUAUGGAGUGGUCUACGCCUGUUCCAGCUGGGGAGGCCAUUCACUUUUGGCCGUGAAGUCUGUGGUGCCACCUGAUGAGAAGCAUUGGAGAGAUUUGGCGAUGGAACUAUUCUACAGCAGGCAAUUACCACAGCACGAUCGAAUAGCCAACGUUCAUGCCCAUGUGAUCGAUUACGACCGUGCGCAUGGAUCAGAACCAGCAGUGUUACUAAUCAUGGAACGUUUGGCAAGAGAUCUACAUAUCGCACUCAAGCAAGGAUUGUCCUGGCUUCGCCGACUAAUCGUAGCAAGAGAUGUCGCCGAGGGUGUACGGUACCUACACAGUCAAGGACUGAUUCAUCGAGACAUCAAACCGCGAAAUGUGCUUCUCGAUCUGAACGACCGGGCCAAAUUGACAGACUUGGGAUUCUGCAAGCCACAAGCGAUGAUAGGUGGCAGCAUUUUAGGUACUCCGCUACAUAUGGCACCUGAAAUACUCCAGAAGAAGUACGAUUACACGAUUGAUAUUUACGCUUGGGGUAUCCUAUUUUGGUACAUUUGUGCCGGCAGCGUGCACAUGCCACGCAACUUUGACAAGUGUACGAACAAGGAGGUUUUGUGGAGCACCGUUCGUAAAGGUAAGAAGCCCCUCAAUUUGAGCACGUCAUCUUUUCAGGGGUUCGUCCUGAACGACUAA